AUGGAUCCCCUCAGCAUUGUAAAAUUGAUUUUUCUCUCAGAGGAAAUUAUUAGCAUAUGUUGCACCUACGGCUAUGCUUGUGCUGAGGGCAUGCGCAAACUGGUUGAAGAAACUACUGCCGUGAGCGGCUUAUUCGUGGCCAUUCAGGGACUGCUCAACGCGGACAGAUUUUCGACUUCUCAGAAGGAAGGAUUGCACAAUGUGCUCGCAGAAUGUCAAGGGACGCUAAGUAAACUGAAGGAUGUCCUUCAGUCGUUACGGACAGGGCCAAAGAAAAAGAAAAUGGAAGCCAUGAAACGCCUGCUCUGGCUGCUGAAACAGGCGGAAACUACAGAGAACCUGGCGACUUUAAGCCAGCACAGGAGCUCCCUCAAUUUACUACUGGCUCUGGAAGCAACAUUGGAAGCCCAGAGAACGCAUAUUUGGUGGCUUGCUGUAAAAUACCGCCUCCUGCGGAUCCAUGGAACUCCCGGGUCCUGCAAGUCGGUACUGUUGAGCGAUAUAUUAAACCAAUGCCUCCUCCCUAAAGUUUCAGAGAAGAACGUGGUGGAUUACUACUAUUGUGACUUCCGAAACCAUGACAGCUGUUGUCCGGAAUCCGUGGUGGGAGCCAUUAUUCUUCAACUUUGCCACACCCUGCAUUGCCUUCUAGUGGGCGUAGAAGACGCAUUCUCACGACAUAUUGGGAAAGACGGCAAGGCUGAUCCUGCAAGCUUGGAAGAACUGGAAAUCGUGCCUGGCGAGGUUCUCGUAUCUGGUCGCCGAGAGAUUGACAUUAUUCGACUUCUGAAGGAUCAACCAAAAAUAUCAACCCAAGGCAAAGACGCUGAUGAGAAUAUCCACUACUACAUUCGUGCUUCUGUGGAGGGAAGGCCAAGACUACGGAAGCUCAAGGUGGUCAUGCAAGAACAUAUGGUAGAAACCCUUACGCAGGGUGCAGGAGGAAUGUUCCGUUGGGUGAAAUGUCAGCUCGACGGGCUCAACCGCCUCAGUCGUGUAGAGAAGGCGUAUAACCUAUACCCAUGCACCCCCACGCUUCCUCCUUCGCGAUCACACCGGUCGUCAAACACCUGCUAG